AUGAGCCGCUCGCCCAUCAGGCUACGGGACUCACCCGCCGUAGUGAUGGACAAGCUUGGCCUCAGCGCUCGGCAAUUCGAAAACUUCAAGAACUUUGCGCGAAAUGCUCACAAUGAGUACUGUCAGGCUCACCCCAAUUCCAGGUGGGCCGAUGUCAAUGUCGUUUGGACCGCCGUACCCGAGCGAGAGAAACUCGCCGUGAUCGGAAUCAUGUUCAGUUUGUGUUCCCAGAACGAGCUAUUUCCUCCGAGCACCCCCAGAGCAACCAUCGAACAAGGCAUUGAGCAAAGGCUGCAUCAGGUCCGGCGUACAUGGCAGCAGACAUCAAGAUCGAAAAAGUCGGCACAAGGGACAGACGCUUUUGACGACGGAGGUGAAGGCUCCGCAGCCUGA